AAUUCGCAGCAGUUUUAAUUUAAACUUUGCAAUAAAAUAAUUAUAACAAAUUAUUUUUAUUAAGUUUUAAUUUUAAUAUAAUAUAAAAAAUAUAUAUUGGAAGUUAAGUUCUCGGUUCUUUAAAUUAAAUUUUAAAUUAAGAGCUUUAGUCCAAUAUUUUUAUAUAUUAAAUUUAUAUUUUUCAUUAAUUUAUAAUUUUAAUUAAUUAAAAAAAAAAAAAACAAAUUAAAAUUCAAAAUGUUCGUAAAAUUGGCAAUUGCAUCAUUAUUAGCAUUAGCUACUGCUGCACCACAACAUCAACAACCAGCUAAAUAUCCAGCUGGUGUUAAUCCAUCAUUAUGUCCUGGUUUUCCAAUUUGUGAUAAUGCAUUAUUGCAUAAUCCACAACCACAUUGGGCAGCACAACCACAACCACAUUGGCAUCAACCUGCUGCACCACAUCAUAAUCAUUGGGAUGAUGGAUCACAUUGGGAUGAUGGUUCACAUUGGGAUGAUGGUUCAGAUCAUGGUCAUUGGAAUGCACCAGCUUUACAUGGACCAGCAACAAAUCAUUUACCAGCUGCUGCCGCUGAAAAAUAUCCAGCUGGUAUAAGCCCACAUACAUGCCCAAAUUAUCCAUUCUGUGAUGUUAAUGCUGGUCAUCAUCAUGCUGCUGCACCACCAUUACCAGGAUUUACUGAACGUUUAUAUCCAGCUGGUGUAUCACCACACACUUGCCCAAAUUUCCCAUACUGUAAUUAAGUGAUUUCUCAUAUCUAAUAUAAAAAUGUAAAAUAACAAAAAACAAAAAAAAAACAAUGUUUUGUAUAAAUUGUAUUUUAAUUUUUUUUUAUUUGUAAAAUUGUAGAUAGUUUUUUUUUUUUGAUUUGAUAUAUAUAUAUUUAAAAGAACAAAAACUAUGGAAGAACAUAAGAAAGAAAAUUUUUUUUGGGUAAAAUUUUCUGAACUUUUUAUUUUUGUAAAUAAUUUUAAAUUCAUUUAAAUUUUUUUUUAUUUAAGACUUAAUUUUUAUUUUAUUUGAGUAGCAUAUUUUAUUUUGAAUAGUAUUAAAAAAUUUUUCACACAAAUUUCAUAUAAAUUUAUAAGUAUAAAAUAUUCUUCAACUAUAUAAUUUUUCCUUCAAAAUGUCAACACUGCCAAUUCAAUAUAUGAAUAAACAUUACCUCAAUUUUCUCUUAA